AUGUUCUACUCGCGUGUUCAGACCAUCCUCAGCCGCCGCCGCAGCGGCAGCAAAGACAGCCAAAAACCCACCCUCGAGAUCUCGGCCCCCUUCAACUUUCAACGCGAGCCAGUCAGUCUCCCUGGCAUCUCCCACGACGAACUGGUCAUGCUCCGAGAGAAGGCGGCCGCGAGCUGUAUUGGGGUUGCUGAAAUGAUGCCCCCGAGGAGCCCUUCAACGCUGUCACUUGCCAAACCCGGCAUGGCGAGGAUCCCGAGCACCACCUCCACUUCAACUGUGAAUUAUUGA